AGGAAAAAAAAAAAAAAGAAAAAGCAAGGAAAGUAUAAUAUCAAAGAAGGAAGCAAGCAAGCUUGGCCCUGAAGAGAAGAACCUCUGCAAUCUCAUCUGAGAUAAAAAUUGUAAAAUAUUAAAAAGGAAAAAAGUGUUAAAUAAAUUAUAAAUAAUAAAAAGAUAAAAAAUUUACAAAGGGGAAAAGGAAAGGAGCUUAGGUUCUGUAAUUAUUUAGGAACGAGAACAGUUGGCAGUGGUUAGGCUGUCUUUUAAGAACAUACAUACAUACAUGUCACCUGUAAGCUUGGGCAGGUAAGCAAAGUUUCAAUCUUUAUCAUUCUUUCUGACUUCACUCUCUCUUAUGUGCUUUAUCUCUCUAGGCUUGUAGCUCUCUUGCAUGUUUGAUAGGGUGAACAUAAAAGGUUGGAAUUUGAUGCUUCUUUUUGCUGUUUCGUGCAAGUGCCAAAUUGGUGAUUGGUGAAUUUGGUUUCCUCUUGUAGAAUUUAAGCUUAGCAUUUGAUGCUUUUAGAGGUACUGUCAAACACCCAAUUUGGGGGACUGUGAAUGAGACUCUGCCCCAUUGCAGUCCUUGUCUAAUUCAAGUUAGAAUUUGAUGCUUUUUUUUUUUUUGGAUACCAUUAUGAGAAUAUCUCAAAAGGGUUUCUCCAAAUUCCUUUUCUUGGUUCUUGGAAUGUUGUUAGGUCGUGGUUCGAAACUUGAUUGCAAGUUGAGGACUUGAGUUGAUCCGCCUCAAUUGGGUUUGAGUUGAAGAGAUUCAAAACUGCUUAACAUAAUCAAUCACAUUGAUGUUUAAUAGAGUUUGAGAUUGUUAAAAAAAUAGUUCUUCUCUAAGUUAAAAGGAAAAAGGGAAUCUGCUUUCCUUUUAUUACACUGUUGAGCUGUUACUUAGCUAAUGCCAUCGUUUGUCUACGUCCACUUUAUGCUCUGAAAGGUUCACUUUCUUGUCUGUGGGAAGCAUUUUCUUUUUUGCCUUACAGCCGAGUGGACUUGAUCCUAGGGUUUUUGGUAGAAGAGGUCAACAGUUGGUCCCUGUAAGAUUUUGGGCCUGAUGCAUUGAUUUCUUCUUUUACUUUGUGUCUCUAGGAUGCUGCAAUGAGAGGUUUCUUUUACUUUAACAUCCCCUCAGUUCUAUAAAGCUGCCAUGAUUACUUGUUCCUUGUUCAGUCUGCAAGAUAUCCCCAGCUAAUUUGGUCAAACCAACUUUUCCUCUAAUUUUAUGCUACUUCCCUUCUGUUAAAUAUCUAUUCUUAGCCCAGUCUAGUUCAGCUGUUGAGCAGGGAUUGAUUUCAAAUUUGCAAUUAUAGAUAGGUUGAGUUUCCUUAGACUUGGGGUAUAGCUUUGGAAUCUAGAGCAUGUCUACUGGUGAUAAUGAUGAUGUGGGAUUUAAACACAGACGCCAGAGCCUUAUGAAUUGUCCACCUUCACAGAUGAACACGAACCACUUGUCUGACAAAGUUGAUGGAUCAAUGAAUUCAAUAUCAAAGGCACCGGAUCCUUUCUUUGGUUCUGGUUGGGAUCCAAUUGUUUCACUGAGUCAGAGUGAAGGCCUUGGAGGUUCUUCAAUGGUUUCUCACACUGAAUUUGCCAAUUCUCAUUACCCUCUUCUAAUGGAAGAUCAGGGCAUUAGUGGCACUUCCCACUUUUCCCAGAUUCAAUCUAAUCCAAGCUUUGUUGAGCUGGUGCCAAAGCUUUCGGAUUUUGGUAGUGGAAAUUUGUCAGAAAUGGUUGGUCCCUUCAGUCUACCGCAAUGCAGCCAGAUUGCCAACAGCAGGUGCCCCCCAAAUUAUGCUCUAAACCCCAAGGUUGGCAAUGAAAGGGCUUCAACAAAUUGUACACAAUCUCUUGGUGAGCACCAAAUCUCAGAAGAGCGAGCUGUAGGCACUCCGCCCAAUGGAAAGAGCAGAAAACGAGCCCUUGAGUCAAACUCUCAACUAAGAUCAUACCAGAAUGCUGACGAGGAGCCUCGAAAGGAUCCUUCCAGAGAGGGCUGUGAUGUUCCAAAAGAACAGGAUGGGAAGAAACAGAAAUCUGAACAAAAUGCGGGCGCAAAUUCACGUGGUAAGCAAGUUGCAAAACAAGCUAAAGACAGUUCUCAAACUGGAGAAGCUCAUAAAGAAAAUUACGUCCAUGUGAGAGCAAGAAGGGGUCAGGCUACAAAUAGUCACAGCCUGGCAGAAAGGGUCAGACGGGAAAAGAUAAGUGAGAGAAUGAGAUUGCUUCAAGAACUUGUACCAGGAUGCAGUAAGAUUACUGGGAAAGCUGUAAUGCUUGACGAGAUUAUCAACUAUGUCCAGUCACUGCAACAGCAGGUUGAGUUUUUGUCAAUGAAACUUGCCACUGUUAACCCAGAGCUAAACCUUGAUUUAGAGAGAAUUCUAUCUGAAGAAAUUCUUCAUUCACGAGGUGAAAGUGCUGCUGCAGUUCUCGGAUUUCGUCCGGGGAUAAACUCCUCUCAUUCUUUCUCCCCUGGUAUCUUUCAGGGAACAAUGUCAGGCAUCCCAAGUACAAAUCCACAAUUCUCUCCCUUGCCUCAGACUGUACUAGACAAUGAGCUGCAAAAUCUUUUUCAAAUGGGAUUUUAUUCCAGUUCAGCCAUGGACAGUUUGGGACCAAAUGCAGGUCGUUUAAAAUCAGAGCUUUGAUACGUGCAAGAAGUUGAAAUAAAAAGGCUUUUAGUUCCUUCUAACCCAAGCAAUCCAAUGUUUCAAGUUGACUGCAGAUAAACUCAUCUAGAGAAGAAAAUUGGGGAAAAAAUUGAGGGUGAAGUGGCGAAAGAAGGAAAAACCAGGAUUAUUCAGCUGUACAGGUUUUUUUUUUUUUGGUUAAUUUUAGCGUCAAGGGAUUUCUAGGCUUUGUCCAAUACAUUCCUUCCCGGGCCAGUUUUUAAGUUCCUAACUGUUUGUUAUCAGAAUUUUUAGCCGAGGAAUAUAACUCGAUAGAAUUACAAAUCAUGUAUAUUAAAACAACAAAGCAAGAGUUGGUUGAUGGAAUUUUGAGUUUUAAUUGGUAUUUUGUAGGGGGUGUUAAGAAAAUUAUCUUGUAAAGAAAUUUUCAUUUUCCUUUGUUAUUUUCUUACCACGAGUAUAUUUGGUUUAAAAUAAAGCAGUUAUUAAUAACGUAAAUGAGAAUUCAA